GUCCCCUGCGGUCUCAAAGAAGAUAACAUCGACGUUAAAGGAAAACCUGUGGAAAGGGUUUUUGCUCAUAAACCCUAACCGCCAGCUUCGACUCCCAAUCCUCAGCUGCAAGAUAACCUGGUAGGUCGUUUCAUCUUCGACUGCUUGUUACACACAUCCAGCUGUUUUACUUACAUAGGCAGCGGUUAAAUAUUGGUUGAGCUCACAUUUUAUCUAUCUAUUCAUAAUCUCUUUCCAAGAUAAUCUAUAAGACAAUUAUGGAGCCCAGAUUGUUCAUCUCUCCGCCCAGAACAUCACCGUCUAUUCCUUCUCUACCCUUGUUUAUCUCGUACAAGUCAUCUAUCCUUGCAAAACCGAAGCUUUCUUCAAAAACCUAUAUUGGUCUGUCAAGGGAAGACUCGGAGAAAACACCCUUUCUGGGUAAAAGCUUUGGUUUGCUAGGCAAAAUUGUUCCUUCGGGUAAUCUAGGGAAUGCCCGCGUUCCGUUUGGUCGAAUAAGAGCUGCUGCGGUCAAAAGAAGAAAAGAGGGUGUUUUUGAUAAUGUGAUACAGAGGGACAAGAAACUUAAAUUGGUCAUGAAGAUUAGGAAGAUUCUAGUGAGUCAGCCCAAUAGGAUAAUGUCACUUCGUGACCUGGGUAGGUAUAGGAGAGCAUUGGGUCUCCAGAAAAGGCGGCGAUUUAUUGCCCUGUUGAGAAAAUUUCCAGCGGUUUUUGAGAUUGUGGAAGAAGGCGCGUACUCACUUCAUUUCAAAUUGACACCCGAAGCCGAAAGGCUUUAUUUGGAGGAGAUGAGGAUUAGGAAUGAGAUGGAGGAUAUUUUGGUUGUUAAGCUGCGAAAAUUGUUGAUGAUGUCGUCAGAGAAGCGCAUUCUUUUGGAGAAGAUUGCCCAUUUAAAGACUGAUUUUGGGCUUCCUUUGGAAUUCCAGGACACAAUUUGUCGGCGGUACCCCCAAUAUUUUAAGGUUGUCAUGACCGGGCGAGGCCCAGCUCUGGAACUUACUCACUGGGAUCCUGAACUUGCUGUUUCUGCAGCUGAGCUUGCAGAGGAAGAAAACCGGACUAGAGAUCUAGAAGCAAAUGAUUUGAUAAUUGACAGACCACCGAAGUUCAAUAGAGUGAAGCUACCCAGGGGUCUCAAUCUUUCCAAAGGUGAGAUGAGAAGGAUUUGUCAAUUUAGAGACAUGCCAUAUGUAUCGCCUUACUCUGAUUUCUCUGCAUUGAAGUCUGGUACUCUAGAGAAAGAAAAACAUGCUUGUGGUGUGGUUCAUGAAAUUUUGAGCCUCACUGUUGAGAAGAGAACUCUUGUUGACCACCUCACUCAUUUUCGAGAUGAGUUUAGAUUCUCACAGCAGCUAAGGGGAAUGUUGAUAAGGCAUCCUGAUAUGUUCUACGUCUCUUUGAAAGGGGAUAGGGAUUCGGUCUUCCUCAGGGAAGCAUAUCAUGACUCACAAUUGAUUGAGAAGGAUCGGUUAUUGCUCAUCAAAGAGAAGCUCCGUUCGCUUAUUGCUGUUCCACGAUUCCCAAGGAGGACAGCUCCUGGACCCAAUGAAGAUGGAGCAGAGGGAACUGAUGAGCCAGCAGAUGGAAGUGGUGGUGAGGAUGGAGAAGAAUGGUCUGAUAUUGAUGAUGCAAUAAGUGAUGACUUUGAUGAUGAUGAAGAUGGGGAGGAAUUCGAGGAUGAUUGGAGUGAUGAAGAUGAUGAAAUUCCCCCAGACUUUGAUGAGGAUGGGGGAAGUGUGUACUCUGGAGUUAGCCAAUCAACUAAACGGGUGGAUAACAAGACAAAGGAUGAAGAAAAGGUGCUUCUCCCUGUGUUUUCCGAUGGUCGGCCCAGGGAUCGCUGGUGAAAGUUCUGGGAAUUUGACUUGUUAUUUUCAAUGCCCCAGGUCCAGCUGGGGAACAUUCAGUGAAAGGCCAUGGAGGGUGGUGCUCUAUCCUCCUUGGAGGGGGACUGCACUUUACUGCCUGGAUGUGCAUCUCUAAUACAAUUCAUACUGGAUGUUCUUCCUCAGAUAGGUACAGGGUAGUGGGCAAGAAUGAGUCAAGCUCAAGCAUCAUCUGCAAAUAUUACAUUUUUGUUGUUUUGAUGGAGGUGGAUCAAAUUUGUUACUUAUUUCAUGGUGUGUCUACAAUAGAACAUUUUGUAUGGCCCUUGUAUCUGUAAGCGUGUUCUGAUGUGCAAUAAAAAUAUGGUUGUAUCCAUAAGCUAUUUUCAGUA